AUUGUCAUUAAACCGACAGUUUUGCAAAGAGUACAGUAAUCAGUUUUGCUAUUUGUCAUUAUCUUAAAUUUCUGCAUUGGACGAUUAUUUAGAAAAUGUUACGCCAGCCUCUUACUCGUGCGCUUGCACUGAGUUCGCCAACAAGAGUGGCUCCUGUAGUGCCUGCAGCUCGUCGGUUCGCUGAACAAGUAUCAGUACAGCCAGAAAAAGUAGAAGUUUUCAUUGACGAUAAACCUGUAUAUGUUCUACCUGGAACCACAGUGUUACAGGCAGCUGCACAAGUUGGUGUAGAAAUUCCACGAUUCUGCUAUCAUGAGAGAUUGGCAGUGGCUGGCAACUGUAGAAUGUGUUUAGUUGAAGUUGAGAAAUCUCCAAAACCAGUUGCCGCUUGUGCUAUGCCUGUCAUGAAGGGUAUGAGAGUAAAAACUAACUCUGACUUAACCAGAAAAGCUCGUGAGGGUGUUAUGGAGUUUCUGCUUGUAAACCAUCCUUUGGACUGUCCUAUUUGUGACCAGGGUGGUGAAUGUGAUCUGCAAGAUCAAUCUAUGGCUUUUGGUUCUGAUAGGAGUAGAUUUACUGAUAUCCAUUUUUCUGGAAAAAGGGCAGUAGAAGAUAAAGACGUUGGGCCUCUGAUCAAAACUAUUAUGACUCGUUGCAUUCAUUGUACAAGAUGUAUUCGUUUUGCAUCUGAAGUAGCUGGUGUUGAUGACUUUGGUACAACCGGUAGAGGAACUGAUAUGCAGGUUGGAACAUAUGUAGAAAAAAUGUUCCUCUCAGAGUUGUCAGGCAACAUAAUAGAUUUAUGCCCUGUAGGUGCACUUACAUCAAAACCUUAUAGUUUUGCUGCUCGACCAUGGGAAACAAGGAGGAUUGACUCCGUCGAUGUUUUAGAUCCUUUAGGUAGCAACAUUGUUGUUGCAACACGCACUAAUGAAGUGCUGCGUAUUUUGCCCAGAACUAAUGAGGAGAUCAAUGAAGAAUGGUUGUCAGAUAAAUCUCGUUUUGCUUGCGACGGCUUGAAGCGGCAGCGGCUGGUGACGCCUAUGCUGAAAGACAGCCGUGGGAAUCUCACACCUGUAGAGUGGGAGGAUGCCAUCGUCGCCGCCGCGCGUGCCCUCCGUGACUGCCCCCCGGACAAGAUAUUGGCAGUGGCAGGUGACUUAGCAGAUGCUGAAGCACUCAUAGCAUUAAAAGACUUUGUUAAUCGUCUUGGCUCUGAGAACACAUACACCGAGCAAUAUUUCCCAACAGGAGGUUCCGGCACAGAUCUAAGAUCAUCGUAUCUCUUGAAUACAAAGAUUGCCAACGUGGAGGAUGCAGAUUUCGUCCUUCUCAUUGGUACGAAUGUUCGCUUCGAGGCCCCACUCUUGAAUGCUCGCAUCCGUAAGGCGUUCAUACAUAAUGAGACUGAUGUGGCACUCAUUGGACCUAAAGUUGAUCUCACUUAUGAAUAUACGUAUGUAGGUGAUUCUGCCUCCCUGGUUAAAGAUCUGGCAGCGGGUACAUCUUCGAACGAGGUCCUCAAGCGUUUGGAGAGUGCGAAAAGACCUGUGGUGAUUUUAGGUGCGGAUCAGCUGAAGACCGAAGAGGGCGCGGCACUAUUGGCUUAUACUCAGGAAUUGGCACUAAGAUUGCAAGAUAACCUUCAAGAUAAGGAAUGGAAGGUCUUGAAUGUCCUUCAACGUACCGCGUCGCAAGUGGCAGCUUUAGACAUCGGGUACAAGCAGGGUGUGGGCGAAGCUCUAGCCGCUGGUCCCCGCGUGGUUUACUUGCUGGGCGCUGAUGGAGGCGUCGUCACACGGGAGGCUUUGCCUAAGGACACCGUUGUCAUCUAUCAGGGUCACCACGGUGACGCGGGCGCUAGUAUAGCGGACGUGGUGUUGCCGGGCGCCGCGUACACGGAGAAGCGCGCCACGUACGUGAACGCGGAGGGGCGCGCCCAACAGACGCUCCCCGCCGUCACGCCGCCGGGACUAGCGCGCGACGACUGGAAGAUAAUCAGAGCCUUAUCUGAAGUGUCUGGUGCCGGUUUGCCGUAUGACAACUUAGACGAGAUUCGCGAACGUCUCAGCCAAGUUAGUCCCGCGCUCGUUGCGUAUGGCGAUGUACAGGCGAAUAACUACUUCGCACAGGCAAGGGCUCUAGCUAAGAGUCUUCAAAAGCCAGUUUCGGGCAAGUUGGAUGUGCAGUUGAAACAACUGGAGGACUAUUUCAUGACAGACGCUAUCAGUCGUGCUUCCCCUACUAUGGCAAAAUGCGUGCAGGCUGUUCUUAAACAGAAGACCUCCCCUUACUAAAUACUAUGAGGUAAUACACUAAGCUCAUUUCUUUACAGAUCUUUUAAACGUAAUUUAUAAUGCACAAAAUUAAGCGGUCGGUGCAGUUAAAUGUAAAAUUAACUUUGAUUUAUUUUUAAAAUUUCUAAUAUCAUAAUCAGAUUUCAGUGGAAUUUUAGCUUGAUCAAGUCUCAAUGUGAAAGUUCACUUUUGUUAUGUCGUGUUUUGCAUUUUUAUUGCAUAUAUACUCAUAAGUGACAAGAUAUACGUACCAUGAGCUAGUGUAUUCAACCUUAAGUAUGGCUAGAAUUUAAGUGCUAUUUCCAACUCCUAACAUUUGAGUGUUUUGAAUACUAUUACUUAUUUUAAUUUCCUAUAUUAAGUAUCCAUAACACUUAAAUAUUAGAAGCUAAGUUUAGAUAAAUAUAUAAACUAUAAUUACAUCUUUUUGCAAUCAUUUUUAUGCAGAUUUCUACGUAUUAUCUUUGUCUAUCUAGCAAUUAUUUAUUUUGUUACUUAAUAUGUAGGCGAUAAAUGUUCUUAUUAAUUGAAUCAUUAAUGAUAUUAUAUUGGAAAUAGCCUGCAGCAAAUUGCAAUUGUUCCAUAAAUGAAAUGUGGAAUAUAAAGUUUUUGUAUAUAGGAUAUGUUGUUAGAUAACAAAUAAAAACAUAGUACAAUGACUGUCGAA